UCCACUCUUGAUGACAAAUAUAACAUGAUGAGACAUAUACCUUGGCUGAUCUUUUGGCUGAUAGCAGUGACUUCCCCGGAGUCUGCAGUUAUGACUGUGACGCUGAUGGCAUCUCCUGGAGAUACUAUAAGUGUAGGAGAAAGUCUGAAACUUACCUGCAAAUUAACUGUAAAUGUAAGCUCUGAGUCGCACUUUACUUUCACCUUUAUAAAGAAAGGCGCACCAGUAAGGAAGAACAUUGAAUCUCCAGAGCUGAUAAUAAACAACUUUAAUAAAAGCCAUGCUGGGAGAUACAGGUGUGCUGUGAAGCAUUCAGAAGGUCGAGAGCACGACAGUAAACAAGUGAAGAUUAAAGUGAAAGAACCCGUGCUAACUGCCUACCCGGAAAAACUUUUGGAGGAGGGAGACAAUCUCAACCUGAGCUGCAGCUGGAUGGAGGAUGGAACAUCUCAUUCACACCUUACUUACCGCUUUUUCCAAAAUAAAACAGAAGUGCAGAAGAGCAACACUUCAGUGUUAACCAUAGAGAACAUUCAUACAGGCCACAAUGGGAACUACUCUUGUGCUGUGGACUUACAAGGGAAAGAAAUUGGACGCAGCAACAGGAUAAACAUUACAGUCCAAGCUCAGGGUGUGACAUUGGCUGCAUCUCUAAAACGUUCUGUGAAAGUGGGAGAUUCUCUUCGAUUUAAAUGCAAAUCAGCGUGGAAGAAAAGCUCUGCCUUAAACAUCACUUUCUUCUUCCUAAAAGACGACAAGAUUGUGUGGAAUAGCAGCCACUCACGAUUCAAAAUAGACCAAAUUAAUAAAAGCCACACUGGAAGUUACACAUGUGCAGUGGAGCUACAAGGACGAAAGAAGUACAGCAAUAAAAUAAGGAUUGAAGUCGAAGGUUAUUCAAUAGAAAACGGAAUUCGAAUUGGAUUAUCAUGCCUGGUGCUAAUUGUGCUGCUGGUUCUUGUGAGUGACUGCUUCUGGAUCAGAGUGUUCACUACCUGCAGAUUUGCUGAGGGGGAUACUGAGGGGCACAAAACUCUCUAAGGUUGGUAGAUGGGCUCUCCUUGCACGGGUGGUAUAGAGCAGAGUACAGCAAAUAGAGGAAGAGGAAGAAUAAAUCCUCCUGUCGUGAAGCUGACACCAGCUCAACACGUGCAGUUCCUUCUAUAUCCUUUAUCACGUUAGUGAAUCUACCAUAAAUGAAGUGUGCAUUACAGGCUUUAAAAGCAGAAAAUGUCAUUAGUUAGAUAUUUUGGGCAUGUUGGUAAAAGAAGCGGGUUUGUAAGAGCUUUUUGUAUGAAUAGAUAUUCACGCAUGUGUGCUAACUUACUAAUGCAAGUGACUCACGUAGCAGAGAAUAGUAUGUGGGGAAAGCUAACUCGAAUUAACAAACAAACUCCUGGAAUUGCAUUUGGACUUGUGAAAUUUGUCAUACAAGAUGACAUUUACUGAUUAAAAGUGUUACUAAAUGAACAUAUUUGUGGUUCAUUGCUAAACAACCAGAAAUGCUCUUGUAUUGUAUCGCAAAUACAUGGCUGCUAUAUGUUUAGGCUACAAAACAGAAAUGCGCUAUUAAAGGAGCAAAGUGCACUGUUUAUUUAGGGUUUGCAGUUAAAAGUUAGCCAAUAUAACUUUGGUUUAGAAAACAUAAAUAUUUUGUAAGAGGAGGAAACCAGAGCAACAGAAGGCAUAUUGUUGUACAAUAAAGAGCCAUUUCAGGUUGUUAGAAUAAUAAACUGCUCAAAAAAAAUUAAAGGAACUCUUUAAAAACACAUCAGAUCUCAAUGGGGAAAAAAA